AUGAGCACCGAGUCCCCACACACACUACAGAAACUGGCAAUUCAGAGCUUGCUGAGGGACAAGGCCUUGGCCAUGGAGGCCGUGGAACAUCUGUCAGGGGCGCUCUUCCCACCAGUGUUCAUGGAGGCCUUCACUGGGGGACACACUGAGGUCGUGAAGGCCAUGGUGCUGGCCUGGCCCUUUCCCUACCUGCCCCUAGGAGCUCUGAGGAUGAGGGAACCAGACACUUCGGGCACUCGGGAGGAUGUUAUCCGUUUGCAGGAAAGAAUGUUACAAGCUGUGCUGGAUGGGCUUGAUUUGCUGCUGAGCCAAGUUUGCUCCAGGACAUUGAAACUGCGAGUACUAGAUACGCGGGUUGUGCACCAGAACUUCUGGAGAGUCUGGGCUGAAAACAAGUCGGAAUCCUGCUCUUCAGAAGCCAUGAAGAAGAGAAAAACAGAGAUGAGUGUGCCAAGGGUAGCAAAAAAGCAGCCCCUCAAGGUGAUUUUAGAUCUGUCAGUCUAUCAUGGAGGGCUGCAUCCAAUGGCUUCCUACUUCCUCAAGUGGGUCCAACAGAGGGAAGACGUGGUGCAGGUAGAUUGUACGAAGCUGCGUAUUACAGGCCUGUGCCCUGAAUGGCUCAUAGAGUUCCUGGCAAAGCUGAACCUUGACUCUGUGCAAGAGUUGGAUGUGGGUCACUGCUGGACAUUCUUUGAAUUUGCUCAUUUUGCCCGCUUUCUUGGAGACAUGAAAAAUCUUGACAAACUAAUUCUCUCCGAUAUCUCUGUGCCUGCCACCAUUUCCUCAGAGUGGAGAGAGGAGUUGUUCACCGAAAUCACCUCUCAGCUUCUUAAGCUUCACUGUCUACAAGAGAUUUUUAUGGAUUCUGUGGACUUCCUUAAAGGCCACUUGGAUCAGGUACUCAGGUGCCUCAAGUGCCCCUUGGAGACCCUGUCAUUAACUCACUGCCAGCUCUCACACUCUGACUGGAACCAGCUGCCCCAGGCUGAGCAGACCCGACAGCUAAAACACUUGGAUCUGAGCUGUAUCAGGCUGACUCAUUUUAGUCCUGAGCCCCUCCAAAUUCUGCUGGAUAAUGUCGCAGCCACCCUGACCACCCUGCAUUUGGAAAACUGUGGGAUCACAGAUGCGCAGGUCUGCGCCCUUCUGCCUUCGCUGAGCUGCUGCUCCCAGCUCACUACUUUCUGCUUUGUAAGGAAUUUCAUAUCCAUGGACACCAUGAGGAAGCUGCUGGGCCACACUGCCAGGCUGAGGAAGUUAAACGUGGAGCUGUACUCUGUUCCUACCGAGGGUUAUUUUUCCAGGGAAAAUGUUCAUCUGCAGAUGUGGAACGAGGAGAUUCCCUCGGGACUCAAGAUCAGACAGCUGAUAGAAAUCCUGCUGGUGGCAGCAGACCAUGGUAUCAUCCAUGUGGCCCUGGAUUUAGGCUUCUCCAUUGGGGUAUAUGCCUAUGGUUUCACAACCCCAGAUAUCGACAUAAAAGUGAUAAACAUUGACACAUUAUCAUCUGCAGAGAAUGGAGGGGCAGGGGCUCUGAACCAAGCCACUGACCUGACAGCAGGGACCAUAUUUGCAAUUAUUAGUAUCCCUGUGCCAGGUCUCAAUAUAAGGCAUAAGGUGACAGUACAGAAUGAUGAAUCGAAGAGUUAA